AUGCUUCAAAACGUGUUUCUGAAAGGAAAGUUUUGUCCUUCGGAAUUUAUUUGCACCAACCAAGGAACGAUACGACAUGCCAUUCCCUUCUAUCGAAAAUUUGAUACCCGAACGAAAUCAAGAUUAUUGGGUAAACCAUUUGUUGAGGGUUUUUGUACAGAAUAUGUAAUGCCGCAAGAUGUGUUUGUUGGAUUUUGCGAGAAUGAAUUUUUAAAAUUGAAUCGAAAGAAAGUUACAGAUAUGUAUCAUAUCAUGAAGAGGGAUGAUACUUUUCAGACGGAUGAAAUUAGGACAGACAAGCCAAUUAAUUAUUUUGACUCUUUGGAAAUUAUACAUGAAGAUGAUGAUUUAUUGGUGGUUUCAAAACCCGAGAAUGUUCCAGUGCAUUCUACAAGUCGAUAUUUGAAAAAUAAUUUAAUUCAUAUUUUGAAAAAAGAAUACUCUAGAUAUCAUCCUACCAUGUUGCCUGAAGAAGAUUUAUAUCCAUUGCAUCGAUUGGAUCGUCGUACUUCUGGAGUCUUACUUUUAGGAAAAAAGAAAUCAGUGGCUGGUGAAUUUUCAAGCAUGUUAAGAAGUCAUCAAGUCGGAAAACAAUAUCUUGCACUGGUCAAUGGAAUUUGUAAUUACGAUCCUCAUGAAGUAUUCAAAGUGGAUUUUCCAAUUAUGGCUGUAGAUCCACUCCAUGGAGUUUUUCGAGCCAUUCAUUCUGAGGAAUCAAAGGAAUAUGUUCGAGCUCACUAUAAUGAUGGAGAUAAACCACUCGAUUGGAACGAUGCAAAACAUGCUGAGACUCUGUUUCAAGUUUUACAUAAGGAUUACAAAAACAAUCGAACCAUUCUAUUGUGUCAACCUAUCACUGGAAGGACUCAUCAAAUAAGAGUACAUUUGAUUGCUAUUGGCCAUGGAAUUGUUGGUGAACAUUCAGAAAAUUACAACAAGGACGAAUGGAUUGAUAUGGCUCAUCAAUCAUGGAAAUGGAAACUAGAAAAGCUUAUUAAACAUGGUUUUGGAAGCAAAGCGCUCAUUGAAGAAGCAAUCAACGAGAAAAUUCACAAUGCAACAUUUCAAAAACCACCCUCUCUUGGAUUGUUUUCAAUUCGAUAUCGAUACAAGAAUCAAAUAUUUGAGUGUUCAAUUUAUAGACCUGAGUGGAUGCAAGAUUAUUCAUAUUCUGAUAUUUACUAUAAUAUGAAACACUCAGAAUUGUAUACGAUGAUGGACAACCCAUCUCUGGCGAAUAAUAUGGAAAAUGAUUAA